AUGGCUUGGUUAUCACGCCUCUCCGCCGUCGCGGCUCUCGCGACAACGGCACUCGCCGCAGAAGCAUCAACAUCAUCAGCAAAAACUCCCGCUGCCGAGCCUUGUGCACAGAUUGCCGCCUUGGUUAAAAAAAAUGUGAACCUAUUUUCGAGUGAGCUUGGACUUGCUUGCUUGGAAUCACUACCUUUCAAGUCCGACCUCGCAGUGAGCUUCGUCGACGACUACACCAAAUAUCUUCAAUGGCAAUCCACGAGCGAGAUUCUGAGAGAUCCGCCCAAAGGCUCUGUCUCCUCCACCAUCGACCUCUUUGGUGGCAUGGCAAACAUUCGUGAUAGGGCAGCCGCGGGCCUGUACAAGUCCCAAUACGACUUUGACCUCGACUUGACCCAUCUCAUUGGCUUUGCGAAUGAUGGCCAUCUCGCUCUCACGCCGUGUUCAUUCGGCGCCAUUGCCUGGGUUAGCUCUCUUUCUUUAGUUUCACUCUCCACUGAUGGUGUCGCUAUUCCCAAACUUUACACACUGGGGGACGGCGAACUCCUAGCAGCUGGAAACACAGACGUAUCCCCUGUGAUACUCAUCAACGGAGUUGGUGCCGAGGUGUAUAUCGAGGAACUUUCCGAGAAUGUCGGUCUCCAGGACGCCGAUGCUCGAUACAAUUCCAUGCUGGCCAACGUGCCCAUUGGCCGCGAUGGCUCAGAGAACGAUGGCGGCUUUUCCUUCUUCCAAUCAUUCCCAGGCGUCCAUGAGUUCAACGUGACACAUGCCAAUGGAACCAAGGCUUCUUACCCUCUCAGCACAGGCGCGCUGUCAGCACUCGGUAGCUUCACUUUCCAAACUGGCGAGGCGCUGUGGGAUGCCAUCUGCGACCCCAAGUCUGCUAAGCCCUCGAAGAAGAGGUCUGUCGAAGAGAUUGUCAAGAACAUUAAGCGAGCGGAUGAGGCAGCACAGGAGAAACCCGCACCUGAGACAUACCCCAAGCCCGUUGUUAAGGAUCCCUUCAACCUGUUGGUUGGAUACUUUCCUAAUGAUGCAGAACUUAAAGACGUUGCUGUCUUGACUGUUCCUACCUUUUUGACCGCAGGCGGUGGCCUCCCAGAUGACCAGAUUAAGAACUUUGCUCUCGAGGCUCAGGAUUUUGUUAAAAGGGCUGUCGCUGCCGGCAAGUCCAGGAUCAUCAUCGACGUCACCAACAACGGCGGUGGUGUUGUCGACUCGGGCUUCGGCUUGGUCAGCAUCUUCUUCCCCAACAUGACCAUCUUCUCGGCAACCCGAUUCCGCUCUGUUCCUGCUACCCAGUUUAUUGUCGAAACCGUCAGCCGCGUCAAGAAUCCCUCCGACAACUUGCUGCUGACUCAGUUCGACUUCUUCGUCCCCGAAUUGGUCCAGCCAGACCAAAAGACUACGUUUAAGACCACGGCAGAUUUCCUGGGCCCCUUUGAGACAUUCGGUGUCCCCUCAACGGCCAUUGUCGCCGCCAACGACUUUGACGAAACUGACCCCAACUCCGCCCCCAUCAACAUCUUUGGCCUUGGAGGAGGCCUCAAUGGAACGGAGCCUCCUUUCAAGCCCGAGAACAUUGUCAUUCUCACUGACGGCCAGUGCUCCUCAACCUGCACCGUCUUCAUCAACCACAUGAUUCCCUAUGGCGUCCGUGUUUUCGCCGCUGGUGGUCGCGCCCAAAACGGUCCCAUGCAGGGAAUCGGUGGUGUCAAGGGCAGCCAGGUUCUCGAACUUGAAAACAUCUCACAGCUUUACGACGAGGCCAAUGAACUCGUUCAAAACGCCACCAACGCUAAGAAGCCUCUGUUUACCGAAAAGGAAUACUCCGUGUUCUCGGCUGCCAUCCCUCCUCCCCUGGACAAGCUUCCCUUCAGAGUCAGCUCAGGAUCAGUCAACUUUAGAAACGCAUUUGCUCCAUUCAACGACCAGGUCCCUACCCACUUCAUCUACCAGCCCGCCGACUGUCGUCUGUUCUACACCGCUGAGAUGCUUGGCAAGCCUGAACUGCUCUGGGUGAACGCCGCCAAGGCCGCCUGGCACAACGGCGCAUGUGCCUUUUCGGUCGCGCCUACGAAGCCCAUCAAGUCUGACGAGGCCGCCACCCCAUCUUCUGGAUCCUUAAAGUCUGACCCGACUACUACGGCGGCUCCUCAGCCAACUUCUACACACUCUUCGGAUGACAAACCCGCGGCGUCCGGUGACACGUCGUCUUCGAAGAAGAAGACCCUGUCUCCAGCCCACAAGGCUCUUGGCCUGCUGCUGGCCAUGGCUGAGGGACUGAGGCCCCAGGACUAA